UGAAGAGAAGAAGGGAGGAAGUUGUCCUCGGGCCGAGUAUACUACGCUGAAGGCACCGUGCGAUGGAUUAAGUUUACUACUCAAAGACAGGAAUGGCUCCUUUGAUGGACUUUAACAUAGUUUCCAUCCACCCAUUUUCACUCAGAAGACCAUUUUUUAGUUCACCCGAAACUAUGAUAGAUUAUCUGCUGUCCAAUGUACUAUGCAGUUGCACUGGAUUCGAAGCCACGUAGUCGCGAAGCGAACUUUCUAACCGCACUUCUAUACUUGCAUUCAAAUAACAAAUAGAUCUCCUUCGAAUCACACCAUAUGUUCGUAAAAACGAACGAUCCUAUUUGAUAAUGUAGUCUUCGAGUCAUUCUGCUUGACUGGAAGCUCAUGGAUGGAAUGAUUUUUGGCCUCCGCCAUCAGAGCAGACGCAGUCUAAAGAACAGGCCUAGUAGGCAAGUGAAUAUUGAUGCAGUUUAAAGAAAGUAUUGUAUCUUUUAAUAUAAAUAGAAAUGAUUAAGUGUAUUAUUAAAUAUAAAGUAGUUAAUGUUUACCACGUAGACAACAAAUAACGGAAGAAGCAAGACAACGAUAGAGUCUCUAUGUGGUCGAUAGACUAGCUAGAAUUCGCGACCAGAUGACUGGCAUUACAACCUACUCUCAGAAAAACAAUAAAAAUAAGAAGGAAAAUAAUGGAAAUGAACACUUUAAAUAGUGUAAUUCAAGAGACACUCCUGCUAUAAACAAGAUGGAGUGGUCCUGAUCGUAAUGUCUUUGAUUAUAGGUCUGUUCGUGAGGGCUGACCUGAGGCCAAACAACAACUGGAUCGAUAAUAUACGAAAUAAAACAACCUAACGUCGAGAAGACAUCUGUAUAAUCGUUCCGUCUGUUAGAAACAGCAGCCAAACACGCAAAUCAUACCCUAAUAUCUUACAUGAAAUUUCUCAUUCGAUAACGUAGUUUUGGAUUACCUUAAAAUGACGAGACAUAUUUAAUGAUAGUUCUCGAUCUGAAUGAAUCAGGAGGUUAAACAAACAAAUAAAAAUUAUGAAUGGAAAAAUACUGAUUCAACAAUUUGAACGUAAUGACAGCACAGUCUUAACAUCUGCAUCACCCUCAUCCUGAGGUAAAAGGGGCAUAUAGAAUGUAUUUAUUGAUAGCAAACCACUCACAUAAACUAGCAUUGAACUUUCAGACUGGUGGUCCCUCGGGUAACAGCUCUGCGUGCCCUACAUUAAGACGGCACUGCAUAGUAGGAGGGGGAAAUCGAUUUGAGAACACAAGUGUAAUCAAAAUCUUAAAACUAUCAGAACUCAUCUUAAGAACAAUAUGAUUAUCAGAACUGUCAUUUUUUGCUCAUAUAUGAUUCUUUUAUUAAAUAAUAGUUGUAUAUUUCUCUGGAAAAAAAUCUUUUAUAGAAGACACUUAUUCUAUCUUACACCGUUUUGGUGUCUGGCUGUCGACAAUGAUCGACUUCUUCAGCAGACUUUCGCAAAACACAAUCCAAACUACUCGAAACAUCAAGAAACAUCUCAUUGGAAUAUCAGACUUACAGACUUGACAGCUGUCUCUAUCACUGCCAUAUUCCCCCAACUUCCUGUCCAUCUCACCCACCAUUUCUUACCUCAAGAAAAUAUUUAUUUCUACCAACUGAAUCUCCUAUAAUUUUAUCAGCUUCCAUAUAAUUUGCUGUUUAAUGACAUUUAAAGAUAAAAUAGAAGAGUUACUGAAACUGCCAUGACAACUGUAUUUAUUACAUAUUAUUGUUUUCAUCUUGUUUCUUUUAAAUGAGGUAGAAGGGUUAUUUAAAAAUAUCCUUCAAAAAGCGUGUAAUUGUUAUUUCUUCUGAUACCUCUAUACAAGGUAUUUGGGCUAUAUGUCAGUAUUCAACUAGUCUUUGUUUUGCUAUGCUAAUUCUAAAUCAAAAAAGAAAAAGAAGAAAAAAAUUUAGUUUUAGCAUCUGCCUUUGUUAAAAAUAACAUCAAUAAUAAUGUAUUUAUUUAUGAAUUGGAAAUCUGUUGGCAUCAUUGAUAUAGUAUGCUGGAAUGUUAUAUCUACUGAACAAAUUGUUAUGUUCAUGAACUAACCUGUAUUAAGUAAAAUUCUAAAGACUUUUCUGGACAUUUGAGGUCAUGGAAUUAUUUGAGAGGAAUGGUUAGAUUCUGAAUGUCACAUAAGAAAAUUAGAAAAAAUAGGGCAGAGAAUUAUUUAAUUUUUUUAUUAAAAAAGCUGCAAUUGUUGCCAAAAAUAUAAAUUAUUAUAAAAUGGUGGAUGUUGUAGGUUCUAGUGAAAUAAGUACAGAUUUGCAAACUUUGGCUAAAAAUGUUAACCAAAAUGCCAAUUUAGCACUGACAGGAAACACCCUUAUUGCACAAACACCUACUCUGACAAAUGUCUCUUCUAGCAGGCAGAAGCCUUCUAGCUGUGAUUUAUGUGGCAAAGUGUUCAGUCGUUAUGACAACUUAGAACGCCACCGUCGCAUUCACCAAGGUGAAAAGCUGUAUCACUGUGAUAUAUGCAGCAAGUCUUUCGCCCAAAGUUCCUAUCUAAAAGUUCACCGGCGAACGCACAGUGGAGAACGUCCAUUCAAAUGUAACAUUUGUGGCUAUGCCUUUAGCCGGAGUGACCACCUUGUCCGACACAUACGGACUCAUCAUGCUAACCAACAAUUUGUUACAAACAGCAAAAGCUGUCUCAAUACACAUGCCAAUCAACAAUUGUCAGGACAGAGUGCUUCAAACGGCCAAUGCAUGGAUAGCUGCAACAAUAAUCACAACAAUCAUUUUCAGUCAAAUGCUGUUGCCUGUAGGUGCCCAGUGAAUGAUUGCUCAAGUUGUAAAGAAGCCUGUCCAGAAAACUCUUACAACUGUAGUAUGGGCUGUGAAAUGGGACAGUUCUCUUCACAAGAACACCAGCAUGUAACUAGCAAUAGCAAAGCUCAUCGGAGUAUUCAGUCAUGCCAGGGAUCUGCACAGCGGGCUGGCAGCAAUCCUUUCAACUGUGAUAUUUGCUGGAAAGCUUUUUCACAGACAUCCCAUGUGAACAUCCACAAGCGUAUCCACGCAGCGGUGUUACCUUAUAGAUGUCAUCUGUGUGGCAAGUCUUUCUCCCGUCAGGACAAUCUGAAACGACACAUCAUCACACACAAAGGGUUGAAACUCUAUUCAUGCAAGGUGUGCAACAAGGCAUUCUCUCGACGUUCUUAUCUCAAAGUGCAUCAUCGAAUACAUUCUGGAGAGCGGCCAUAUAGGUGCACCAUAUGUGAUUAUGCUUUUUCCCGAAAUGAUCAUCUCAUUCGACACAAUCGGCCAAAUAAAGGGGAAAGAAAAUUCAGCUGUGUCCCAUUACAUAACAAGGAAGGUUAUCAAGGUUCCUCUGUCGGUUGUGGAUCACAAGAACUUCUACAACACCAUCUGAGUGACUCUACUGAUCAAAUAAAUAAUAAUGAUGAAAAUGUCAACAGAAUUGCAAAUGAAGAAGCAGCUGAUAAUAACAGUAACAAUAAUGCUACGGACAUUUCUUGUUCGGAGAGCUUUGACCCAAACAUCAUUGCAAACACCACCACUACUACCCCCACCACCACCACUACUACCACUGCCAACAACAUUUCUCAGCACUUGACACCAUGUUUGCAGCAACCAGGUCCUGAGUUGGCAUCUGAAACUGCAGACACUGAAGAGUUAGCAGCGUCAGGCCACCAACAACUUCAUCAUAUCACCAGUGUUCCCAUUACUCAAAUAUUCCCCACUAUUCAAAUGUCUCCAUCAACUUCACAGAUUUUCCCAGCUAUUCAAAUGGCAGCCACCCACAUGUACCCAAUAAACACCCAGAUUGGCCCAACACAGCCUGUUGCUACGAAGAACAUUGCUGAAGCAAACAAGACUUUAUAAAAUGCUCCCUUACCCCCAAGAAAUGAAGCAGGGGGCAUUAAAAGAAGGGUGGUCGUUUAUUUAUUAUUUUUUUUUUUGGUGGCACCAUACACUGAAUCAUUGGUUUAUGUUGUAAUUUCUGGUGUCAGUUGUUUAUUCCAGAUGUUCAAAUACCAUGUUUUCUGGUGUUCACAUCUGUUGUUGCUGUUGUUGUUGCUGUUAUUGUUGUUUCAUUUACCAAAUAUGGUCAAAAUUUUAAUCUUUUAGACUGGUUGUUUUUGUUGUGUUUGUUCUACUGAUUCCUUCUCAAAUGUUGAGAGCAGGGAUCAAAAGUUUGUUAACGAAAAUUUAAAAAAAAGAACAAAGCAAAAAAAAACAAUAUUUAUAAAAAAUAUAUUUAUUUCUCACCCCAACCCUACCCCUGCCCAAUCACCCCACCCCCUGUUGUUUUAACCCCUUUUACUGCUGUAUAAGACUACAGUUGAAAAAUAAAACUCUUGUUUCAUUUAUCAUAA